AUGGAGCUCACCAUGGAGAACCUCAGCAACAUGCACGGCGUCUCGCACGCGCAGGCAGCGGGCGAGCUAAUGAACGCGGCGCACGCGCGCCCCUCGCCCGGGCCGCCGCCGCCCCACCGCAGCCUCGUGUCGCACGGGCGCUCGGCCAUGGUCUCGAGCAUGGCGUCCAUCCUGGAGGGCGCCGGCGAGUACCGGAACGACGCCGCCGCGCUCACCGGCCACUUGCACGCGGCCGCCAUGAGCAUGUGUGAGCCGGGCAUGGGCCUCUCCAGCACGUACACGACGCUCGCGCCCUUGCAGCACCUGCCGCCCAUCUCCACCGUGUCGGACAAGUUCCACCCGCACCACCCGCACCACCCGCACGCGCACCACGCGCAUCCACACCACGCACACCAGCGCCUCGCCGCGGGCAACGUCAGCGGCAGCUUCACGCUCAUGCGCGACGAGCGCGGCGUCCCCGCGGGCGGCUUGGUCAGCAACCUGUACGGCCACCACUAUGCCAAGGAUGUGACGGCCAUGGGCGCGCCGCUUUCGCCGCUGUCAAACGGGCUGGGCGCGCUGCACGGCUCGCAGAACGCGCUGUCCGCCGCCUACGGCCCCACGAGCGCCACCGGUUUCGAGCCUCACGCGGCCAUGCUGUCGCGCAGCGAGGAGCACCUCGCGCGCAGCCUGGGCGGCGGAGGCGGCGGCGGCGGCGCCAGCGUGGCGCACGCGCACGCCGUCCUCUCCAACCUUAACGGCAUGCACCCGCACGGGCACCUGCACGCGCAGGCCGCCAGCGCCGCCAUGUUGGCCGAGCGCGAGCGGCACGCGGUCGGCGGCGCGAACCAAAGCGGAGGCUGCGGAAGCGGAGGAGGAGGGAGUCAAGUGGAGGAGAUCAACACAAAAGAGGUGGCGCAGCGGAUCACGGCCGAACUGAAGCGCUACAGCAUCCCGCAGGCCAUCUUCGCGCAGCGGAUCCUGUGCCGCUCGCAGGGGACCCUGUCUGACCUGCUGCGCAACCCCAAGCCCUGGAGUAAGCUCAAGUCCGGCAGAGAGACCUUCCGGAGGAUGUGGAAGUGGCUGCAAGAACCCGAGUUCCAGAGGAUGUCCGCGCUCAGGCUGGCCGCUUGUAAGAGAAAGGAGCAGGAGCAGCACAAGGACCGCAGCCUGGCGCCAAAGAAGCAGCGGCUAGUCUUCACUGACCUGCAGCGGCGCACGCUCAUCGCCAUCUUCAAGGAGAACAAGCGGCCGAGCAAAGAGAUGCAGAUCACCAUCUCACAGCAGCUGGGCCUGGAGCUCUCCACCGUCAGCAACUUCUUCAUGAAUGCCCGCCGCCGUUGCGUGGACCGCUGGCACGAGGACCCCAAUGCCAGCCCAGGCCAACCAGGCACCUCUGCCACCACGUUCUCCAAGGCCUGAGCACCUGGCCUCCUGCAGCCGCCACUGGUUGGAGCUCUGGCACAUUUUAGUGUGUCCAGACCAGCAGUGGCAGCAGCAGCAACACGUUCAUCUCUGGUGUCCAUUGAAGCUUGAGAAACCUCAACCUGCUCGGCUGGGGCAUGGCCAAUACCGGAUGCCCCUCAAGAGCUCCACUUGGACACAAGCUGCUCUACGACCAAUGAUAAGGGGGUCCGAGGGCAUGCUCCGGUCUUUUAGCCUGUGGUUUAUGUAUUUAUUUAUUUGGUUGGUUCUGAAGUUUGCUUUAGGAUGCAGAGGUUUUAUUUUCAAUAUGGCAUCCUUUACUUUUUCUCAUUUGCCCAAAGAAGGCAUAAGGCCUGGUCUGAAGUUUGAUGGGCUUGAUAUUUAAGCCUUUAGAGUUCAGGUCGUCAUUGCCCUUCGUUCUUAGAGCCGGUCUUUACGUUGAACUUGUGUUCCAGGACCUUUGUCUUAGGAAUGAAUAAGGAAGAGAUGGCAAUAAGCAUCCCAGCACAUGCCCCUAUUGUUCUAUGUAAUCAGUGAGGCAAAACCAGAAGGUUUUGUUCUGAUGUUUCACUGCUAAACCUGCUCAGCUCAUCACAAUUUGCAUAAUCUUAUGUUUCAAUCAGCUUUUCCUUUCUUUCACCCCUUCAAGUUUGAUCCUUGAUAAUAGUCAUGGUGACUGGUUGUGAGAAUUUAGUUUGUGUGUCACAAUCAUAUGCCUCAGACGCACCAGAUGUCUAAAUUCUCAGGCCAUGUUUUUCUGUCCUGAUUUUUCUUGAUCGAGUCUCAUUUUUUUCUUUCACUGCCAGCGUGGCUCCGUGCUCUUGCUUCAGCACAAUGAGAAAGGGAUGGGAAGAAUCAAUCAGUCCUCUGUGUUGGCCCCCGCAGAAUCAUUUUAGCCCACGGGGGCAGACCAGAGUCGCUCCUCAUGCACAGAGCAAUGGUGCCACCCACUGGACAAACUACAGCCUUGACCUCUGAAUUUUAUGUUACGGAACCAUUGCAAUCUCAUCAUUUCAUGAGUGUUUAGGGGGCCAAGCAAAAUUAUGAGUGCCAUGCCAUCUGUGGAUUAACCUGAAAUGCUAACCUUUUGAUUUUGCAUGAGGUUUGAUGUUU